AUGUUGAAACGAUCGCCAACAGGUACAUGGAUGCCCGCGUGGGUGCCAGAGUCUACCACUACCCUUGCAGUACUGCUUAUGAUAUGCUCUAUGGUGCAAUCGGCUACUGGAGGAUACGACGGUUCGAUGAUGAACGGCCUCAACAUCCUUCCCUCGUACACCGACUAUUUUAAUCUUAAUGCUGCAACUACCGGUCUAAACACCGCGUCAGUAUUCAUUGGUAGCUUCUUCGGCACAGGGAUGUCAGGGGUGCUUACAGAUUGGCUGGGUCGUCGUCCAGCACUUCUGUGGGGUUCUGUGGUCGCCUUGAUAGGUAUCGUCCUUCAGACAGCCGCACAAGAUAUUGCCAUGUUUGUGGUCGCUCGAAUUGUAUUAGGCCUUGGACUGGCAAUCUCGUCAACUGCCGGGGCGGUAUAUCUUUCAGAAACGUUUCCAAGUCGGUGGCGAGCGUGGGGGGUCGGGGUGCUAAAUACCUUUUACUACGUUGGAGCGUUGAUAGCCGCCGGUAUUACAUUGGGGACUGGCCAGUGGAACUCGACUUGGGCAUGGCGUGCACCGUCAUUGCUCCAAGGCAUAUUUUCUUUUGCUUGUAUCAUUGUGAUCCCUUUCAUACCCGAAUCCCCUCGUUGGUUAGUCCAUCAGGGACACCAUGACUUGGCACGAGAAGUGGUCGCCCAAACGAACUCAAAUGGUAAUCAAAGCGAUCCUGUUGCGCUGGCAGUAUACAAAGAAAUCCUUGAUACGCUGAACUGGGAAAAGAAACAAGGAAGAACAAUGAGCCCGAAAGAGCUUGUCAAAACCCCUGCUGCCCGAAAGCGAAUGCUGAUCGGGAUGUCACCGGGGCCAUUUUCUUGUAUCGCCGGCAACAUCAUUGCGUCUUAUUAUCUUGGUUCAGAACUCGACACUGCUGGUAUUACGGAUACUGUGGCGCAGUUGAAAGCAAACGUGGUACUGAAUGCCUGGUGUUUAGUCUGUGCCCUGACCGGAACGCAGCUCGCAGCCAAAUGGGGUCGGAAACCUACCGCUAUACUAUCCCAAGUACUGCUAAUCGCAUGUCUUUUCAUCAUCGGCGGUUUAUCAAAAUUAUAUGCCGACGACCCAAACGGUGCGUCAAGUGCGUUGGUCUAUGGAGAUGUAGCGGUUAUGUUUCUGUUCCAGGGUUUCUAUUCAAUUGCCUGGACGCCAUUACUCUAUCUGUAUCCACCGGAGGUAAUGAACUAUUCGAUCCGAGCAAAUGGAAUGGCCCUGUCGGCAUUUUCGCUGAAUGCGUUUGCUCUUGUCUUUGUCUACAUCAUGCCGAUUGGUCUGACCAAUAUUGGAUGGAAGAUGUACAUGAUAAACGGAUCAUGGGAUAUCAUCAUCUUGGUUUUAAUCGUCGUCUACUGGGUUGAAACCAAAGGCAAAACUCUUGAAGAAAUAGAUGCUAUUUUUGAAGGUGAGAAGCAUUCUUCAGUGCCAGAUGUCGAGCUGCUUCGACGGGGCAAGGAGCAUAUCGAUGUGGGAGAGGUGGAGCAACAGAUUGUGGCAGAAGUGUUGGCGACGAAGAAUGAUUGA